GAUUACCGGCGUGUGUCUUUCCUCUUUGUUUUCUCCGCCUCCUUCUUCUUCUUCUUCUUCUUCUUCUUCUUCUUCUUAUAGAGCUUUCCUUCAUCACAAUCUCAUCUCUAUUUCCUCCAAUUCUCUCUUGUAGAAUACACCCACAAUUCCUUCUUCUUCUUCUUGUUACCGAUUCAAAUCGGCCACAAUCACAAUGCCUUCCGCUUCCUCCGCCAUCAUCAACACCAUUCACUCCAUCCCUCGCAGUUUCGAUCCCCCUUCCAUCAAACCCAUCUCUCAAUUUCUCGGAUCCACAACCAAAUUACGCCCAUCACCUCUCAGAACCCAUUCCUUAACAUCAUCAUCAAUCAGCCGUCAAUCUACAAUCGUCGCAGUUUCUGAUGUCGUCAAAGAGAAAGACCUCAAGCACAAAUCAUUGCUAAUCACGAAAGAGGAAGGAUUGGAACUAUACGAGGAUAUGAUCCUUGGAAGAGCAUUUGAAGAUAUGUGUGCUCAGAUGUAUUACAGAGGUAAAAUGUUCGGAUUUGUCCAUCUUUACAACGGACAAGAAGCUGUUUCAACUGGGUUUAUCAAACUCCUCACUAAAGAAGAUUCAGUUGUCAGCACAUACCGUGACCAUGUCCAUGCCUUAAGUAAAGGCGUCCCUGCACGCGCUGUCAUGAGUGAGCUCUUUGGAAAGACAACUGGUUGCUGCCGUGGUCAAGGUGGAUCCAUGCACAUGUUCUCCAAAGAACACAAUGUCUUAGGAGGGUUUGCUUUCAUCGGAGAAGGAAUUCCGGUAGCUACAGGGGCUGCAUUCACUUCUAAGUAUAGGAGAGAGGUAUUGAAAGAGAAGAAUGCUGAUCAGGUAACUUUGGCUUUCUUUGGAGAUGGUACAUGUAACAAUGGACAAUUCUUUGAAUGUUUGAACAUGGCUGCUUUGUGGAAAUUACCAAUUGUGUUUGUGGUGGAGAAUAAUUUGUGGGCAAUUGGGAUGUCUCAUUUGAGAUCUACUUCUGAUCCUGAGAUAUGGAAGAAAGGUCCUGCAUUUGGGAUGCCUGGUGUUCAUGUGGAUGGGAUGGAUGUUUUGAAAGUUAGAGAGGUGGCUAAAGAGGCGGUUGAACGAGCUAGGAGAGGAGAAGGACCGACUUUGGUCGAAUGUGAAACUUACAGAUUUAGGGGACACUCUUUGGCUGAUCCUGAUGAACUUCGUGACCCUGCUGAGAAGGCUCACUAUGCAACAAGAGACCCCAUUACAGCCUUAAAGAAAUACAUGAUUGAGAACAAACUAACCGGAGAAUCAGAGUUGAAAGCCAUUGAGAAAAAGAUCGACGAGCUACUUGAAGAUGCUGUGGAGUUUGCAGAAGCGAGCCCUCUUCCCCAAAGGAGCCAACUUUUGGAAAACGUAUUUGCAGACCCAAAAGGUUUUGGAAUCGCCCCUGAUGGAACUUAUAGAUGCGAAGAUCCAAAAUUCACCGAAGGUACUGCUCAGGUCUAGUUCUUCUAUCCAUUCAGUUUUCUCGUUUUUCGUAUCGUGUUUUCUAUUUUGCAGCUCUUUGUUUGAAUGAAUUAUUUAAUUGUAACUGUUGUGUUUUAAAGAGAAUUGGCAUUGAGUCCUUAACUCAUAUGUAUGUCACCAAAUUGUAGUCUUUUCAUUGUAGUAUUUUAGUUUUUGACCUUCC